AUGCGCCCUUUACCAGGCGACGAUGCUUACAGGGGGAGAUCUCGGAGUAGGAGUAUCAAUGAUAACGACAUAACACCACUUGCAACAAGAACACAAGCUCCGCAGAUGAGCUAUUUCCUUACAGAUGAGAGAACAUUAGAAUCCGGAGAAGCUCAGCCUAUUCGUGUUCCAUUAAAACAUCGAGAUUCUUUGAAAAAUAGUACAUACGGUGUGGAGAGUAUCGACACUACAAUUAGCUCUUUCUCUGAAGGUAGCGGUGAUGAGGAUGGAAAGUAUGACAGGGCUAGGGAGAAGUUCAAGAAGAAUUUGGCAGAAAAGUUACAAUCUGUAGGAAAUUCGAGAUCUCGUUCCCGAAAGGCAUCCUACGAUCUUAGUGGAACUACUUCUCCAGUCCGUCCUUCAACCACCGAAGCCUCCAGACCUUAUACUCCCAUUUCCUUAUAUUCCGCCGCUGGAGAAUCUAUUAUAAGUAGUCCUGGUUCGAGAAUAUCAGAUACUGAAUCAUUAAAUGACGAAAUAUUAAGUCAGGCUAUUGUAUCUGGUGAAGAAGAUGAACAGAAUGCGCCGGCAAUGAUGGAUAGCUGCUCUGACCCUCAACUAGUUAUGCCGAGUAUAAAAAUGCCUAGUAGACGACCAUUUACUGAGAAGGGAAAGAACAUGGGCAGGUUGAAGGUAUUAAUCGCUGGAGAUUCAGGUGUUGGCAAGACGUCCUUAAUCAAAGCAAUAGUACAAGUUUGUGAAGAUAUAGUCCAUGUCGAUCCUCUAUCUACUUCAUUAUCCCCAGUCUCCGAGAAACGACGACAUUCCAAAAAUAAAGCUAAAUCUGGAGGUGGCAAUAUGCAGACUACAACUCAGAUCACUGAAAUAUAUGCUAGUACCAAGGCAUAUCCUAGUUGGUGGUCGGAAGUUGACGAAAGUAAGGUCCUACGUCGACGAAAGAGUAUGGGUGAUUCAGUUCUAGAAAGAAAUUUAUGCUUUGUUGAUACCCCUGGUUAUGGAGACAAGACUUCCUGCCUUGAAGUGAUUUCUCCAGUCGUUGAUUAUAUCGAGUCUCAGUUUCAGAAAGUUGAAUCCAAAGAUGGCAUGACUGAUUCUGAUAUGAUACAUUUGCUUGGUGGAAAUGGCGGUUCUCAAGUGGAUGUCGUAUUCUACAUCAUCGUAAAUCGAAUCAAACCUGUUGAUAUUGAAUAUCUACGACGCAUAUCUUCGAUGACAAAUGUCAUACCUCUUAUAGCACGAUCAGAAGUUUUGUCGCUUGAGGACCUUGCCAGCGUCAAAAGGCAUGUAUUGAGCGAGCUUCAGGCUGCCAAUAUACGGCCAUUUCUCUUUGGCUUAUCCUUUGACGAUGCUCUACAAUCCUCUCAACCAGCUGCACCUUACGCUAUAUCCACUAUGUUCUUUCUCAUGAACCCUGAAUACGUUCAACCGUUAGUUCAGUCAGAGCUAGCAGCUCUUGUCGAUCAAUUAUUUGAGCCAGAUAGCAUAGCAUGGCUCAGAAAUUCGGCAGCGAAGAAAUUUGUAGCAUGGCGGAAUAAUCAAUCAAUGCAGAAGCCACAAAGUUUAUAUCGACCUCUUGCGCAAUCAAUGAUGUCAUCAUCUACCUCACAAGUUCUUACUGCGCCUGUUGGUGCUACAACAUCUUACGCGUUGGCUCGUAUAACAGAUCAUACUCAACGUGAAGAGAGGCUCGCACAAGUAAGACUUUCGAAUUGGGCCAUUGAUUUACAAAGGAGUCUUCAGAAUGAGCGUGCUAGAUUCGAAACUUUAGCCCGGAGUGAAAGAGCGGUGUGGUUGACAGAGAGACUCGGGGAAUGUGUACAGGAUGGCACACUUGUGCCAAUCUCUCAAGCGCGCCAACCUCAAUGGAAUUCUGCUACUGGAGCUUUAGUCAAGCGGGGAAAAUAUUCUCGAACAUCUUCUAACUCGAUCUUGAAUACAAAUGAUCCCCUUGGGAUUUUAGAAUUUAACGAAGACAUGAAACGACGAGGUAUCAUCGCACUACAAGUAGUGAGUAGCUUUGGGAUCAUUGGUGGCUUGGCAUUUUGGAUCAACCGCAAUUGGCAACCCAGUGGUGCCAGCAUUUGGGGAUUAGAUUGGACUGGCAUCCAAAAAUUUGUGGACUGGAGAUGA